CCGUGGUCUCAACCAUGAACAGGAGUUGGGCCGCCCGUCGUUGAAAAGACCCAGUAGCGACACUCCAUCCACCGCCCCGGGCAAACGACCCAAGCACGCUAGGGCCCGCUGGGAUGAGGUUUCUCCGCUCGACCGGAACGUGACUCGAUAUUCCGACCUCCCCGGAUCCGAUGACCCUCUGAUCAAGCUGCGCCGGCUUGUCUACCAGAUCCGGGAGAUGAUGAACAAUCUGCACGAACGUGCUGAUAAGCAGGAGAGGCUGGUCGCAAUGAUUGCGGAUCGUCCUAAAUGGGAUCCAAGCGUCAUUGCGAAUAUCCCUGAGCGGCUGAAAAAACUUGAAGACAUCCCUGCAAAGGUGGAGUUUGACAUUGCCGACAUUCAGGACCGACUCACAUCCCUCGAGUCGACUAAUGCCAUCCUCUAUGACCUCGUUAUAGAUAGGUACCGUCAGACGAGUUGAUGGCUUCUCUCCACCUGCCCACGCCGUCGUAGGAGCCGAGUCUGCGAUGUAAGACAGCGUGGAACCCAGUCACUCUUAUCGUUGACCAUGAUAUUGUUUUCAGCGAGACACAUUGGAAGAAGGGUCAUCUUAGAGUCACCUACUAGAGAGAAUGGGCUGAGAAGGAUGUAGAAAUGCACAUGUACACCAC